AUUCUGCUUCUCUCCUUUGACGUCCUCCUCCUCAUCCCGCUCACCGUCCCUCAAGGCCUCACAUGCGCCAGUCGUUACAUCUUUCCAUCGACCCUUCCCCAUUCUUGUCUGUUUUCAACCCCUCCCCAGACUCCGGCUCACCUUCAUCAUCAUCUCGACUAAGCACAGAUACCAGCCCAACAAGCAGCUAUUCCGAUAUCAUAUGUUCCGUGCUAUGCAUGUACGAUUUUCAGACAGAUGAUCCCAUUCAUCUGUCUUUUCGAAAGAACGAGAUUCUCGAUAUCGUUAGGACAGAGCCAACGGGCUGGUGGGCAGCUAUGAAAAAGGGUGGGGACUCUGAUACAGUUGGGUGGAUACCUGAGGCGUUCGUUGAGCCUCUGUCAGAGGAAAUGGCAGAUCGUUUAAUGAGCGUCCGUCCUGAACUGCGGAUUUACGAGUAUGAGGCCGAACAGUUGUACAACACCGCCCCGACCUCUCGUAUUCCCCUUUAUGAAGACCACGUUCCCCGGAAAAAUCGAAAUCAAGGGGGAUAUGAGACCGACCCUCAGAGUCAAACCAGUGCAUGGGGCCCCCGGAGACAUAGUACUGUUACCCCUUCUCCAGCGACCCCUCAACCAACCCCACCACGCCAGCAUCUCCCCGUCGGACUUCCGAAGAGAAGUCCUUCCCUUUGUAGAAACAAACUCACCCCUCCAACCCCCAGAGAUUCCGAAAUAUUCAUAACGCCCGCGUCGACAACCCCGGUAGACCCAGAAUCAUCUCGAAGGAAACCACCCCGGCUUCUUCCCCUUCAGGAGACUCAGUACUGUUCAGAUACAUCCAAGUCUCCUGAUUCAGCUUCAAAAAGGUCUGACGAGAAGAUUAAAAAGCUGACAGGAAGCGAUGCAGCUCUCGUACAUUACAACACCGUGCUCAUGCAAGCCAAUAUGCCAUGGUACCUGAAGCCCAGAUAUGGUAACGAAUUGGACACCGAUAACGAUGGAAAAGUCCUUAGAGGGUCGAAGCGUGCACUCGUCGAGAAGUUGGUCUGGGAGUUUCCAGUGAAAGACCCAAAAAGGGCAGCGGAGGAUACAGCGUACCGAAGAGUGUUCCUCACAACUUUCAGAACAUUUAUGACCGCAAAUGACCUAUUUGAGAUGCUAGUCGAUCAUUUCUGCACAGACCCUCCUUCGGAGCUGACUGAAGCAGAAUUUGAGGACUGGAAGGAAAAGAAUCUCCACUCGAGACAAUCCAUGGUUCUCACGAUUUUUUCAAUGUGGUUAGAGGAAAGUAGAAUGUUGGAAGAGGAGCCCCAGAUUGCGACACCCCUAACCGCCUUCCUCAACCAUAUCAAAUCCCCUAACCCUCUUGCUUCUCAAGGUCAGCGCAUCGUCGAGUCGAUAAAACGACUGACCUUCACUACUCCGUCCAACAACCUCCCGCCAUUAUCCAGCAAAGGCAACAAGAGGAGGAAGGAUCCCAAGAACGAUCUACUUCGCUUGGAAUACGCAGAUGUUGCCGAACAGCUUUGCUUGUUGGAGUUCAACCACUACUCCAAGAUUACCCCGCAGGAGUGUAUACGAUAUGCGAAGACUCAAACAGGCAAACCAGUCGAGCAUCUCGGCACAUUCUGUUCAACACACAAUAAGAUUGCGGCUUGGGUGACGACCAGUGUAUUGGAUAGCACCGUUCUAGCGAGGCGGGCAGAUACGGUGGACUUUUGGAUCAAGGUUGCCGAGAAAUGCCGCUCUUUGAACAACUUUGCUUCGAUGAGCGCUAUCAUCAACGCCCUCUCAAGCACCGUCAUUGCUCGCCUUCACCUUACAUGGGCUCAUGUCAACAAGAAACACACAUUGGACAGUCUCACCAAACAGAACGAACCGACAGGCCACUUCGCCGUUUAUCGUAACCUUCAGCUCAACGCGGACGGUCCUUGUGUGCCAUUUGUUGGGAUGUACUUGAACGACAUUGUUCAUAUCAAGGAUCAAUACUCGGACGAAAAAGAUCCCGAUGUGGACCCCAGGCAGUGGAAGAUCUCCUAUACUCAGCGGCAACGGUGGUACGAAGUCGCCAAGAUCAUGCUUAGAUCACAAUCUAAGCCUUACAAGUUUGCGGAGAAUAAAGCGACGAUGGAAUUUAUUAAUCGAGCAACGGCGACGUUUCCCAAGGAUUGGCAGGCCAAGUUCUGGGCAAAGAGUCAAGUGGUGCAACAUUCGGAAAUCGCAAAUGCUGAUAUCAGACGAGGUUUGGAAGCCGCCGGAUUUUAG